GACACCCCCAUACGCAUGGACCUUUAUAUAGAAUUGAGAGGCCAAGCAAGCAGCACCAUGCCGAAGCAAAUUCAUGAAAUCAAGGAUUUCCUUCUGACUGCAAGAAGGAAGGACGCACGUUCUGUCAAAAUCAAGAGAACCAAGGAGGCUGUCAAGUUCAAGGUUCGCUGCUCAAAGUAUCUCUACACACUAUGCGUGUUUGAUUCUGAGAAGGCAGACAAGUUGAAGCAAUCUCUUCCCCCAGGCUUGAGCGUGCAGGACCUUUGAAGCAUAUUGAUAGCAGUCAGUGAGGCGUGCAAUGAAGAAAUGUUUCUAUGUUAUGGAUUUUGAAGACUGAAAACCCUCAUGUGUUGUUGGAAUUAGAUGUGUUAUUAUUCCCAGAUAUUUGGUUGUUUUGAAUUGAGUAUGGUUUUAUCAUGAA